GUCACCCUCACCCAUGUCGAUGAAGCGCUCCCUUGCCCCUCGGGACUCGCCCAACACCCCCAAAUUCUUUCUUCUCUUCCAGUCAUGCCAUUGCACCCACAACGCGGAAUCCCAUGUCGACUGCGUUCCCAAACUUCUCCAAACCCACGAAAUAGCAGGAUUGGCGACUGUCGUACCCCAUCGCGGCCGUCGGGAACCACCUCUGCAGCUUCGCCUCGCUGAAAUGGGUACCCUCUUUACUCUGACCUAGCCUUCUCCUUCCCCUUCUCACCGAGGCGAUACCAGUGAACACUGCUCGCUGCCGUCUCCCUCUAAAACUCGCCGACUGAAGUCCACCUUCGAAGCUUGGCGGCUGAAUCACAGGUAAUCCACUAAUCCCAACUUACUCAUUAUCUUCAGCUUGGGGAGAUCCAUCCCUUAUUCUUCUGUUUCUCCAUCUCUGGUUGCUGGUCCGGUGGGCGAGGCAACGAAAUCCAUAACAGCUUUUGGAUCUUCUUCUUCCGUUUAUGGGUUUGGUCUCUAGCGCUGGCUAUUGAAAUCGUAACUUGGCCUGGGUUUUCAAGACAGACAUUCAAAUCACUUGGUGGGUUUGUGAAGCUCUCCCUUGCCUAUGCCAUUAUGUUGUGUUUCUUAGUGCAAUGUUCCUUUGCUAGGUCCUGCUAUCUGUUAGCGGGUUAUAUAAUUUGGGUUCGUAUGUUUGUAAAUAGCUAUGUACGUGAUUAUACGAGGCCCAUUAGAUAUAGCCCAUUCUUUUGUAUGAGUCCAUGUAACCCAUGCAUGGGAGCCCAGACGAGAGUAGGAGGGCAUCCCUAGGGUUCGACUCUUGUUCCUUUCUCCCUGUAUAUGUUCAGCCGACUGCAUCAGUUUGUGAUCAUCAGAUUAAUAACAUCAGUAGCUAGAAGAGUGUUCAGAGCUCUUCCGUGGAUUAGUCCUGGAUCACUCCAGGGAUACCACGUAAAUCCGGUGUCAGUGUUCAAGUUAAUUGUUAUCAUUUCCGAUUGAUCAACAUGGUAUCAGAGCUUCCGCCAAUGUCUUCUGAUCGCCCCUCCGUUCGUUUGACUUCUACGAAUUUUGCUCUAUGGGAAUUCCAGUUCCGAGUCUUUGUUGAAGGUCGUGGUAUGCUUGGCAUACUCGAUGGGACCACGCCUGAGCCGCGCCCUACUUUUCCUGCCUCCGAGAUUGAUCAGUGGAAUCAGCGGGAUGCCCGCGUUCGAUCCUGGCUGCUUGAUUGUGUCGAUCCCUCCACAUGCUUGUCUCUCCGUCAGUUCACUACUUCUCACGCGAUGAUGCAGCAUCUGAAAGCAACAUAUUCCACGGUGAAUAUUGCCCGUCAGUUCGAAGUACAGAUGGCUUUGGCCCGCCUUGAACAAGGCGAUCAAUCCGUCACGGACUACUUCAACGCCGCCCAAGAAUUGUGGACCGAACAGGAUAUCAUAGCCGCUGCUCUUCGUCCACAAUCCAUUUCAGCAGAUGCACUAGCCGAACGAAGACAAAAUAUAUUGAUGGGUUUCUUGAUGCGGCUACGGCCCGAAUUUGAAACCGUCCGCUCUACCUUGCUGAAUCAGGCCGACCUUAAAUUUGAUGGCAUGCUAGGGGUGUUGAUUCGAGAAGAGACUCGAAUGAGAACCCAGGCCCAGCUGGACGUACGUCCUGGAGCAGGGGAAACCAUUUUUGCUGCGUCCCAAGGAUCUGCCUACGCUGCCGACCGACUUCAAUUCCAACGCCGCACUCCUGUCUCCGAAUUAGAGUGCCAUCAUUGCCAUGAGCGUGGCCACCUGAAGAAGCACUGUCGUGGCUGGAAUUUUUGCGUAUAUUGCAAAAGAACCGGUCACAUAGUGCUCGACUGCCGCACUCGACAAAGGCAUGAGGCAAGAGUCACUGGCGGUAUGGCUGCUGCUCCUCCCGGACGCAAUCCGCCAGCUACAGGUUCCUCUUCACGUCCAUAUAAUGGACCUUCUGAUCGCCCAUACAAUGGACAUGCUGAACGUCCAUAUAAUAGACCUGUUGACCGCUCAUAUAAUAGUCAUAGUGAUCGCCCAGCUUACCUCACCGCCGCAAGCAGCAGUGGUAGUGGGAGUCUCUCCGCAAGUGAUGUUGAACAAAUGGUGAACGCAGCCCUCCAAAGAUCUCUCCCUACUGCCAUUAAUGCAGCCUUUGCUACUCUCCAUGGAUCGAUAGGUAAGAAACCUCCUUGGCUCCUUGAUUCAGCAUGUUUCAAUCACAUGACUCAUGACUCUAGCUGCUUAACAAAUUUGGAGCCUGUUCGUGACUUGUCUUUGAGGGUUGCUAAUGGUAAUCAGUUACAAGUUAAGGGAGUGGGUAUAAUGAAUGAUUCCAAGCUUAAUUUGCCACAUACUCUUCAUGUUCCACACCUUGUUCCGAAUUUGGUUUCUGUGGGACAACUAACCGAAGAGGGAUGUUCUGUUUUGUUUGCUCCAUCUGGCUGCUUUAUCCAGGACUUGAAGACGGGGAGGCAGAUCGGAAAGGGGAGUAAACGAGGGAGAAUUUUUCACCUCGAGGAGUUUCGUGGAGAUUCAUCAUCAUCGCCCAUUAGUAGUUCUCUUGAUAGGUCCGUCCAUAGUCCUGUUUCAUGUUUUUCGAGUCAGUCUAAUAAUGCCUGGGAUCUUUGGCACUCUCGUUUAGAACAUCCUCAUUCGAGUCGGUUAGCUAUGAUGUUUAAACAGUCAUUACUUGGCAAAAAUACCGUUAGUAUUCCUGCACAACAUUCCUGCACGAGCUGUGUAGAAGCAAAAACCGUUAGUCGUUCUUUUCCAUCCAGUGACACUGUUAUCGAUCAACCAUUUCAUCUUAUUCAUACUGAUUUGUGGGGUCCGUCCACUGUUAUUUCUCGACAUGGUUUUCGGUAUUUUGCCCUGUUUAUUGAUCAUGCUACACGGUUUACUUGGGUUUACUUCCUGCGUCUUAAAUCGGAACUACGAUCGGUUGCUACUGAGUUCCUGAAAAUGAUUAAUACUCAGUUUGAUCGUCCUGUGAAAAUAGUACGUUCCGAUCCUGGUGGUGAAUUCAGUUCCAUUCCGUUACAUGAGGUUUAUCGGGCUCUAGGCAUUCUCAGUCAAAAAUCGUGUCCUGGCGUUUCCCAACAGAAUGGUCUAGUCGAAAGAAAAAACCGGCAUGUUUUAGAUCUUACCCGUGCACUGCUUCUUGCUUCUAAUGUUCCUAGCCGUUUUUGGCCCGAGGCAGUUGCUACCGCUGUCCGUCUUAUCAAUUAUCAAAUUACUCCGAUCCUGCACAACGUCAGUCCUUUUUAUGCGCUCUAUCAUAAGCAUCCGGAUUACUCUCGUCUUCGUGUUUUUGGAUCCUUGUGUUUUGUUCUUCUUCCUAGGCGAGAGCGUACUAAACUGUCUUCUAAAACUGCUCGUUGUGUCUUCCUGGGUUAUAGUGAUGUGCAUAAGGGUUAUUUAUGUUUUGAUAAUUCAUCUCAACGUAUGCGUAUUGCUACAACCGUCAUAUUUUUUGAACACAUUAUGUUUCACUCGUGUCCUUCGUCAACCCCAAGUUUUCUUCCAUCCAAUUUACCUUUACCAUUAUUUGGGCAUGAUGAUGAUGAUUGUCCUGAUCCUACUGCUGACCCUCCUACUCCUCCCACUCCGCAUCUGUCUCCGUCCGUCACCCACACCACGGCCAGCUCGUCUUCUUUUAGCUCUCCAUCCUUGGCCAGCUCGUCCGCUCAAGAGACCUCCCCGGCCACAUCUGCGUCGCCUCCCAGCUCGGCCAGUAGCUCAUCCUCAUCUCCUUUGCAUUCGUCCGCUACUGCCUCACCUCCAGCUGCCCCACAGCGCCGAUCCACUCGGCUUACUCAAGGUGUGCCCCCUCCUAAGUUCAAUGAUUAUUUUGCGUAUGGUGUGGAUUCCUACAUUGUUCCCACUCGCUAUAAGCAAGCUCACGGUGAUCCUGUCUGGGACUAUGCUAUGAAGCGUGAAUUAGAUGCUUUGCAUGCUAACAACACUUGGACGUUAGUUCCCCGACCUCCUCCUUCCACAUCUGUUAUCGGCUGUCGUUGGGUUUACACCAUCAAGAUGAAUCCCGAUGGUACCAUUGAACGACAUAAAGCUCGGCUGGUUGCACAAGGUUUUACGCAGGAGCUUGGUGUGGAUUAUAAUGAGACUUUUGCACCAGUGGCGAAAAUGUCUACAGUUCGGACAUUAUUAGCAGUUGCUUCCCGUCAGCAGUGGCCUCUGUAUCAGCUUGAUGUGAAGAACGCUUUUCUUCACGGUGACUUGGCGGAGGAGAUAUAUAUGGAGUGUCCUCCCGGUUAUUCCAUGGGUACUGCAGAUCAGGUUUGUCGCCUCAAUCGCUCUUUAUAUGGUCUCAAACAGGCACCUCGUGCCUGGUUUGAGAAGUUUCAGUCUACUAUCCGUGAUCUUGGCUGUCAGCAGAGCUUAAAUGAUCCGUCCCUCUUUACCCGCAAGACUGCUGCUGGUCUCGUGGCCCUCUUGUUAUAUGUCGACGACAUGGUCAUUACAGGUUCUGAUCCGGCUGGUAUUCGAAGUCUUAAAGAGGGUCUUAAUGCCGCAUUUAAUCUCAAGGACCUGGGGGAUCUUUCAUACUUUCUUGGUCUUGAGGUUACUCGGAACUCCAAAGGCCUUCUCUUAAGUCAGCGUAAAUAUAUCUCUGACUUACUGUCUGAUCAUCGUUUUCAGGAUUGUAAGCCUGUUUCUACACCCAUGGAAUCUAAUCUACGGUUAGGCCGCACAUCUGGUGCGUUGCUUCAGGAUGUCGCUGGUUAUAGAAGCAUUGUUGGGAGUUUAAUAUAUCUUGCUGCUACUCGUCCAGACAUCUCGUAUGCCGUUCAGAUUGUUAGCCAGUUUAUGGCCUCUCCUCGUACUGAUCAUCUCGCUGCAGUUCAUCGUAUUCUGCGCUAUCUCCAGGGGACUCGUGAUGUCGGUAUGUUCUUUCCUUCCACUGGCUCCUUUGCUUUGAGCGCCUAUUCUGAUUCCGACUUCGCUGGCUGUGUUGAUACUAGACGCUCUACCACUGGCUGGUCUGUUCAGUUUGGCUCUGCCUUUAUCUCCUGGCGCUGUAAGAAACAGGAUAAGGUCUCGAAGUCUUCUACCGAGGCUGAAUACCGUGCCAUGUCCGAUGUUGCUUCUGAGCUUGUCUGGUUGCGUCGUCUACUUCGUGAUCUGGGUGUUAUUUGUUCUCUUCCUAUGGUUCUCUACGUGGAUAAUACGAGUGCGAUCCGGAUUGCUGUUAAUCCAGUCUUACAUGAUCGCACCAAGCACAUUGAAAUUCAUGUGCACUACAUCCGCGACUUGGUUGGCGAUGGCACUAUAACUCUUCACUAUGUCCGCACCGAGGAUCAGAUCGCUGAUAUUUUCACCAAGGCCUUCUCCACCAGUCGACAUUGGUAUCUCUCGAGCAAAUUGAUGCUUUGUGAUCAGCAUCAAUUUGGGGGAGGCUGUUAGCGGGUUAUAUAAUUUGGGUUCGUAUGUUUGUAAAUAGCUAUGUACGUGAUUAUACGAGGCCCAUUAGAUAUAGCCCAUUCUUUUGUAUGAGUCCAUGUAACCCAUGCAUGGGAGCCCAGACGAGAGUAGGAGGGCAUCCCUAGGGUUCGACUCUUGUUCCUUUCUCCCUGUAUAUGUUCAGCCGACUGCAUCAGUUUGUGAUCAUCAGAUUAAUAACAUCAGUAGCUAGAAGAGUGUUCAGAGCUCUUCCGUGGAUUAGUCCUGGAUCACUCCAGGGAUACCACGUAAAUCCGGUGUCAGUGUUCAAGUUAAUUGUUAUCAUUUCCGAUUGAUCAACACUAUCCUCAUUGAACUAAGAAUUGCGUGCAUUUUCCUAUCGAAUUGAUGGUGGUCUGCAGUUUGUAUUUGCUCUGUACAAUGUAAACACAUGGACCCUAAGAGAAGGUAUUAACUAUACUUUGUUUCACUUGUGCUAGAUUGGCUGCAAUUGAAGAGAUAUGCAAUUAAUAUGACUGCUAGAAUGCAAAGAAGGAAUACUAAGGACCUAGAAAGCAUUGUUCUGUGAGUCAAUCCUGCUAGGUUGGUAUAUUACAUAAAGUAAGCUUUCAUGAACUUGUGCUUAUCGCUGCUUCCUCUAACAUUUCUAUUCUCCAUUUCUAUCCUUCUCAAACUAAAAGGAGGUUGGCCUCUGUUUCAUUGAUUGAUGGGGAAAGAUGAGGGGAUGGGAUGGCUAUGGUAGCUCAUUUGAGAUAAUUUGGAAAAUGGAGGGAAGCAGGACUUACCAAAACAGGUUAAUAUGGUUCGGGUUUUGCUGUUUUGGUUUGGAUUUACCAAUACAUUUGGUUUCAUACUUCUUAUGCUGUUGUCUAUUUAGUGUUUUGUUAUGUACUUUAUUUAGCUUAAUUGCAUUUGAAAAUUGGUUUCGUGUUUGCCUAAUUCAACUAUCCAUUUGUAUCCUAAGGAAUUCAUUGGCACUGCUAUUGCUGAUUUGAGAUCAUGUGUACACUAUGAAUCGAUCAAGCUAUCUGACAUGCAUUCCAUACAACGUUCAACCAUUGAGGGACAAGGUACAGGCUCUGGUGCUGAUUUUUUGCUUCUUCAGUGGAUGUAGGUUUUGUUGUGCUUUUAGUCCAUAUAAUGCAAUAGCAACAAGCCUUUUGCUUUUCUAUUUUGUUUUCUCCAGCCUUUUAAUUGCCUCCAUUCUCCUUAUUGCAGCACAGAAGUUAUGUGAAAGGGCUAAUGACAAUGGUAUCAUUCACCAUUCCCUUUAUCAAAUGGACCAUGCCCCUUAACAAUCAAAGGCUAGCCAUGGAGUAGUUAAGAGGUCUGAAGUUGCAGUUCUGGACUGUGCUCUUUACAGCUACUUAUUUUGUAAGCUCUUAUAUAAAACAUUGUGUUGAUGCCAUAGAUAUUAAGGGGAAAUUUUAUGAAAUGCUUGGUCAUUUAGCUUUACUUGCAUAGAUUUAGUUUCCAAAUAAAGGUCUUUCAAUUGA